AUGCAACUCUUCCAUAAUCAUUCAUGGAGGAUGAAAGAGGGAGAGCCCUCGUUCUUUCGUAGAGUCGCCGGCUUUUUCACCCCUCCUCCAUCCCCUCCUCCGUCUGCUGGUAUUUCUCUCGAGGCGAAAUUUCAACGGACCCGAGAUGGACGGCGGUCUAACGAGUCGCUAGCGUCCGACCCCUCCUUUGUUACUACCGCGCCAUCCACAAGGUCCAAGUCGUCCAAAACGUCCCAACACGGCUGCGAGCUAUCUCACGCAAAGUCUCUGGCAAACAUCCAUCCUCACCGGCAACGAAGCGGGGACUACAUCGAGCCUCGCUCUCCCCCAGCCUACAUCUGCGCGUUCAAAGACUGCUGGAGCGACUACUGCCCCACACAUAACCCGAAUGGCAGUAGGCAAGUUGCCCAAGCACGUCGAGUAGCAAGCAUGAAGAGCCUUCGUCGUCUGCACACUGCUUCCCCCACCAGCGGCUCCUCUUCCGCUAGCGCAUCCAGCACGACCUACACGCCCAGCCUGACGAGCAUGAGCUCGCGUACCUCGAGCGACUGCCCUCCUUUGCCGCCCUCCCCACCGGCAAGCACGAUCCGAUACGAACGCAAGAAAUACGAAUGCUACGCUCAACACUGCGAAGCGGCCAAUUGCCCAAGGCAUGGCGGUCCGCUGACACGCCCCAAUUCGGCUCCUUCCUCACCAAUCGUCACAUCCCCAGUAAAUGGCGGGUCGCAUAUCCUAUACUUCCCUCUUCCCCCUUCCACGGUCCCCGACAUUCUUCCUUAUCGCGCUCAUGCCCCAACCCCAAACCAGAUGGUCGACUCCCGCCGCUCUGUCUCCCGUUCCGCCACUUCCCCGGAAGUGACAUACACCUCACAUCGCGCGCAUAUAGCCCGCGCACCAUCAUCCUACCGCCCGUCCGCCUCCGCGGGCAUCCUCUCACACCCUUUCCCGCCGCCUCCACCAGCGGCAGCAGAGCCCCAUCCAAGCAAGGUGAUCAAGCAGGCGCGAUCAUCUGUCAAUUCCCUCUCCUUGCAGGUACACCAGCAUGGGCAGAAGAGCGUCAGUUCCAAAGAUGUCGAGCAUGCGCUGCAUGAGUGCCAGAGGGCACUCGAUUCCCUCACCGGAACACCUUUCACCGCCAGCCCGAUCUCCGCAUUUCCUCACCAACCACUUGAGCCCCUGCGGACGAGUGAACCUGUGCCCCGAAGAAAGCGGAACAAUACGGUUGGGCACAUGCGGAAGCCGACGCUGCGCGACCACCACCCGUACCAUGUGAUGGCUAGCCCAGUUGGUUAUGCUAUAUAA